GCAGCAGUUCUCUCCGCGCGCAAAAACACACAAACAACAAACGCGCACAACGCCAACACAACAAGCAAGACAGCCAGCCAUGUCGACGUGCCCGAGUUGUGGGUCCGAUGCUGUGGAGGAGGAUCGUGGCACGGCCACGUGUACGGUGUGCGGCACCGUGUUGGAGGACAGCAUUAUCGUCUCAGAGGUCACCUACACAGAAGACAGCAGCGUCGUGGAACAAUAUGUCGGCUCAGACGGUCAAAUUGGCGGGUUGCGCGGAUUCCCGAGAAGUUCCAUCGUCACAGCCGUCAACACAGGACGACAACAUAUUGAGAACAUGGCCCGCAACAUGAAGCUCAACCAGGGCCACAUUGACGCAGCCGUCAAGUACUACCGGAUGGCAGCGCAGCAGAAGUUCACGGCGGGCCGCCCAAGCGAGCACGUGGCUGCGUGCUGCCUCUACAUUGUUUGUCGCGAGGAGCGCUCCAUGCUCAUGCUUCUCGAUUUCGCAGACUUUCUCAGGGUGAACGUGUACAAGCUUGCAUCAACCUUCCUCAGCCUUCGCCUCAAACUCUCCAUCACGCUUCCCGUCAUCGACCCUGUGCUGUUCCUGCCGCGGUUUGUGAUGCAGCUUGAUCUCGGAGACAAGCAGCACGACAUUGGCCGCACCGCUAUCCGCAUUGUGUCUCGCAUGAAGCGCGAUUGGCUCCACGUUGGCCGCCGCCCCGCCGGCAUCUGUGGCGCUGCGCUCUUGCUUGCUGCGCGCAUGUACGGGUUUGCCCGCUCGCAGAAGGACGUUGUUCACGCCGUCCGCGUCUGCUCCUCCACCGUCAGGAAACGGUUGGAUGAGUUUGCGGAGACGCCGUCUGCGCGGCUGACGAUGGAUGAGUUCAUGUCCAUUGAUCUCGAGGGCGAGGCCGACCCGCCCGCCUUCAAGAAGAGCCAGGAGGAGCGACAGCUUGCGCUUCAGAGCGCCGUUGAGGAGUGCGAGCGGCUGGCGGCGUCGGCGGAGUUUGCGUCGCUCGACGGCGAGGUCACGCCCGCAAUACAGCCCCACCCGGUAUGGGGAACCGCACAACCAGCAGCAACUGCAACUGCAAUCGCACCAGCAACUGCAGCGGAAGCAUCGGCAGGGGCGUUGCGCGCAGGACAGAAGCAGCAGCAUGGCGAAGGUGAUGGUGAUGGUGAUGGUGAUGAAGAAGAUGACGAUGAGGAACAGCAGCAACAAAACGGGGAAGAGCAGCAGCAAGGUGCAUCCACAUCACCACAGUCAACUGCAUCGUCGUCAUCGUCAUUGCAGAAGGCGUCAAGCACCUCAACAUCCCCCAAAGCCGCGCGCGGCGGCGGUGACGGGGAGCCUGCACCGAAGCGGACGAAGCAGCACGGCAGCGGGCGGGCGUGGGAGCAGCCCACAAACGACGAUGAGCUCUCGGACGACAGCGACGACGACGAACUCGCCGAUCACAUUCUGAACGACGAAGAAGUCAAGGUCAAGACAGUCAUUUGGACACAGAACAACCAGGACUAUCUUGAGCGGCAGGCGCGGAAGCGUGAGGAAGAGGCGAAUGCGCCCAAAAAACCCAAGAAGCGCCGCAACCAGCCCCGCCUCCCAGACCACAAGCACCACCGUGGCGCUGCCCGCGAGCGCCUCAAGACAGAGGAGAAGAAAUCAAGCAAAAUCAACUACGAUUCCCUCCAGAGCUUGUUUGGCAGCGACGAGGCAGAUUAACCCCUGUGACGAGGGGUGCCUCCUUCGGUUUCUCCCGUCCUUGUUCCGUUUCCAUUUCAUAGGUGCUGUCUUUGUGCUUGCUGGAACAUUUCCCACACACGCACACACACUCACACACGCAACCCACAACACCACACAGCACGCAGUUGUAUUGCUUGCUGUCUUCACCCUUCUUGCUUGCUUGCCCUUGCUUUUGUUGAAGCGACACGUAAUUGACCUGCUUCUUUGUCUGUUCCCUUUUCUUGUGAAUGAAUGAUGCAUGAAGCC